CGUACAACGGGUAUAGAAGUGAUUACUGUAUUAGACGAUGGUAAAAUUACAACCAUAUUUAUUUACGCUUCGAUGCAAAUCGAAGAAAUGAAAGCCCAAUUAGAAAACUCGAACCUAUCAGAUUUGGGAUAUGCAAGAAGAAAAUUGACUAGUGAAGCUGUAAAAGAUUUAAUUCGUUCUAUACUAAGCGGAGAAUUUAGUGAAAAGUUCAAAGACUUUAUCAAUGUGUGUCGGUUAUUAUCAGUGUUCAAGGGUAUUGAAUAUACUUCAUUCGUAUAUUUUGCUGAAUUCAAUAAUCAAACUAAUGGACAAUGUAUUAUAGAAGAUUUAGACAAUAAUGCAUUCUAUUACAAAAAAUUUGGAAGCGAGAUUUGGGAAAUGGAUGAUAAAGGUAAUCAACGUCAUCUACUGUCUGAUCAAGUAAACUCAAAUUGACCAGAAGCUUUAAGGACAACUUAUU